AUGGCGGAAGGCAGCGGGUCUCGGGGAGGUGCUCCCUCUCGGUCCUCUACACGAGCUGCGGAAGCAGGUGGCGCUGCCUUCUUGCAUACAGCGCGCCGCAGUUCAUUGAGCCGUUUGGACACAUCUCCAGCCGACUCCUUCUUCUCCAACGAGCCGCCGCCUCCCAACGUUGCCACUGCCGGGCUCCGUGUGCGGCAGUUUGUUCGGCCCCUGCUGGAAAAGGAGGAGUUGAAGGAAUCCAAAGUUGCAAUCAUCACUGCAGGGGGCACAGAUGUCCCUCUAGAGCGAGAGGCAGUGCGGUAUAUAACCAACACUAGUUCGGGGGAGCGUGGAGCUGCACUGUGUGAACAGCUUUUGCGUUUGGGCUAUCACGUUGUAUACGUGACAUCGGUACGAGCAAUGAAGCCCUUUGUCCGCCAUGUGCUUCCCAUUCACCCCAUGCCACACAUACUCGAUUCCAUGGCUCUCAGCAGCCUCCAGAAGCAGCAGGAAGAAGAGGGGCAACGCCAGCAGCCGGAGCCGAUUGUGGAGGAGCCAUCGUCGGAAACUGAUGCAUCUGAGGGCGAGAAGGCCUCCAUGAGUCCUCCCCCUUCUGAGCGUGUGGCGUACGAGACGUAUACUACAGUUUACGAAGAGGACAAAGAUGGUGACGGGGCGCGAGUUGUCACUUCUGUUGGGUCGGUCGUCAACACUAGUGACCCACAAGCAGACGAUCAGGACGCAGGUGUAACCACGGAGCCUGCAGAAGCCUCCUCAUCAGCUGCUGCUGCAGAAGCAGCAGCAGGAGCAGCAGCAGCAGCGGUAGAAGCAGAUGAUUCAGGGGAUGACCAAUUUCCGUGGAGUGUAAUUUUGAGGGGACCGUUGGAUUCCGUUGGGGUCGACACUGGGAUGGAGGACGAGGCAGUGGACGCGUCGGGUUGGACGUUCGGCAGGCGCGAGGCGGCGGCUGCCUUUGAGCUGUACAGCCGCUGCAAAACUCGGCUGUUGUGCAUCACCUACCGUACACUCGUGGACUACGCCUUCAUUGUGCGUGCAGUUACAGCGGGAGCGGCACCUCUUCGCGAACGACUGAUGUUUUGUUCCGCUGCUGCCGUUGCAGACUUUUACUUGCCACACGCUCUCAUGUCAGCCCAUAAACUCAAGAGUUCUCAGCCACUACAGCCAGCGCAUCUCCCCUCCGCUGCAGCAGUAGCAGCAUCCGAAGGUGCAGAAAAGGCUUCUCGCGAUUUGACCAAGGGGUCAUCCCACGGGGGUUCCUUUAUUGCUGCUAUGCAGCCGAAGCGAUGGUUUACGGGGGAAUCCGAAGCGUCAGACACAGUAGCAGCAACAGAAGCGGCGGGAGAGGAAGUCCAGCAUCAUCACAGGCAGCAGCAGCAGCACAACCACCACCAUUUGACCCUGCGUCUGUGGAUGGCGCCUAAGAUACUGUCUGUGGUGCGUAGUAUCGCACCUUUGUGCUUUGUUGUUGCCUUCAAGUUGGAAACAGAUCCGGAACAGCUGCAGCAGAGCGUAACUGCCUACUUAGGAGCGGGUGACAGCAGCUGCAACUCUCAGGGGGUGGCGGAUUGCGUCGUCGGGAAUGUGCUGAGCACGCGCCGCCAGGCCGCCUUCCUCUUCACGAAAGACAUCCAAAAGCAAAUUAAAUUCAAAGCUAAACAAGCCUACAAAUACUUGGGGCACGGGACGAUUGAGGCGCGGCUGGCCAAACAUAUCCAGAAGCUGCAGGAUCUAAAGGUCAAGGAGGGGUUCCUUUAG